UAUGUACGUAUAUAACAUUCUGCUAUUUAUUAAAAUUAUAUAUCGUAUAUUACAAUUCUGAUACAUAUGUAAUUGAGGUAUUCGAUGGGAAAAGGACACACACGUUUCCCAAAAAUCUGUGCAUUGUUUGAUGUGUAACAGAUAAGAGGAACCAUAAAAUCACAACGUUUGGUUAUAAGUCAUGUGCACACCGCACACCGUAUGAAACUGUAGCAUAAUAACAGAAUUUAUACAAAGUGUCCACCGGCUAACAUAGAACAUUUUACAAGCCAACGUUGAUUUUGUGAAUUAUCGAAUUGAAUGUAUUUCUCAAAUAUCAGUACUCCAUUAACGUGCGGCAUUGUUUUAUAAAAUAUAAGAAGAUGUUCAAAAAAUUCGAUGAAAAAGACAGUGUUUCUGGGAUACAGCAAUUAAAAUCGUCAGUGCAAAAAGGUAUUCGUUCCAAACUCCUUGAUCUUUAUCCUCAUUUAGAAAGUCACGUGGACACUAUUAUUCCAAAGAAGGAUUCAUUCCGAAUUGUAAAAUGUCACGAUCAUAUAGAGAUUAUUGUAAAUGCGGCAGGAGACCUUUUAUUUUUCCGCCAACGAGAAGGACCCUGGAUGCCUACCUUAAGAUUGUUACAUAAAUAUCCAUUUUUUUUACCAAUGCAACAAGUUGAUAAAGGUGCUAUCCGGUUCGUUCUUAGUGGAGCGAAUAUUAUGUGUCCAGGUUUAACGUCGAAAGGUGCAAAGAUGUCACCUGUAGAAAAGGGAACAGUCGUUGCUGUUAUGGCAGAGGGCAAGCAACAUGCUUUAGCUGUCGGUGUUACUACAUUAUCAACGGGCGACAUAGUCAAAGUGAACAAAGGAGUGGGCAUAGAGAACUGUCAUUACUUGAAUGAUGGAUUAUGGCAAAUGAAACCGGUGAAGUAAAAAGACUGAUGUGUAUGUUGUUCAAAAUGUAAUCAUGUGCGAAAACAUCUUGUUCGUUGCACAAACACGUUCUCUGGAAUUUUUGAAAGUUACAUGUCAUGCUGUGAAAAGCAACAGUAUUGCUACUCAAAAUAAAAAAAAAGAUUAAUAUUACGUUUUUAUUGUACAAACUGAAUGAAUAUGACAAUUUUAUUAUAAUUGUUUAAAUGCAUCAAUAUUAUUCGAAUGUAAUGUCCUACAGUUUACAUAAAUCGAAAGCAAUUCUAUAUAAAUAGAAUUAUGUAAUUGUAGAAAUAUAAUUAACCAGACCCUGA